AACCCAGUGCCUUACAUUCCACUGCAUCUCAGCCCCUGUAUGUGUAUGUAUAUAUUGCCUCUGGCCUUUUCAGUCAACAGCAUACACCUGAGGAAGUAAGGUGUUUACCUAUGAAAGUCUUGCCCCAAUAAACUAAUCUCUAAAGUGCCACAGGCCUCGUCCUUCUCUCUCUCUCUCUCUCUCUCUCUCUCUCUCUCUCUCUCUCUCUCUCCUCUUCUUCUCUGCAACAGGCUAUCAUAAUUGCCAUUCUGGAAUCGAAAGGCCUUGGUGCUCCCCUGGUCUCCUCAGGUGACAUCAACAAAGCGGCAGCAAAAUGUCUUAGCUUAGAUUUCUCUCGUCAUGAAUAUUCAGAACUCUCUCAGCUCGGCCUCUCUGUUAGUUCCUGUUUACUUUAGACAGGAGUGGCUGAGUCUCCGGUUAACCUUGACAUAGAGAGAGAGGGAGAGAGAGAGGGAGAGAAAGGGGCGCAGCACGAACAGGUAUGUUGCACCUCAGCACACCUGAGAUGUGAGAGCCACUUUGCUACUGGCUGCCAGAGCCAAGGCUGCUUGUUUUGCCACGGAGACCUGCUUCACUGUCAGGACCUUGUCUCAUCCCUUCUUCAUGUUGGUCUUUUCCCAUAACGGCUGAACUUGCUACUCGCUGAGAGACGAAGUUCAGAAGUCCAAGAGAGCAGGGUGUCGAUUCCUGGCCACCAUGGCGGAAAACAAUUAUAGCUGGUGGAAGCUGACUUUUCUCCGGAAAAAAAAAUCCACCCCCAAAGUAUUGUAUGAAAGCCCAGAUAUCUACGAUGUCACCAACAAUGAGAACCAACAGGAGGGUAUGCUUGCUGACGGGGGAAACAGCGGGAGCAGCGAGCGCGAAUUCAACGCCCGGCUAGAGAAGAUUGUGGACAAGAGCACCAAAGGGAAACACGUCAAAGUCUCUCAUUCAGGGCGCUUCAAGGAAAAGAAGAAAGUAAGGGCCACGUUAUCAGAAAACCCCAAUUUUUUUGCUGACAGCGAACGGGACGAGAAAUAAGGAGGUGGAUGAAAGAGAGAUGCUCUCUUCCCACGCCCUCAUCUGAGGGUGUUUCUCUGGUCUGAGAGAAGCGUAUGACACAUGCAUUUCAACCCAUUUGCAAAUGAAGUUUAACGAGGGACCAGCUGGGCUUUCGAGAUUGGGUCCUGAUUUUCACUUGAAAAGAAAAGUUUCAGAAGAAGAUGAACUUUAUUAAUGUUACUAGUCUUUUUUUUAAUUUAAGGAAUAAAGCUAAUAGUAUUUAAAAUGCAAGACAGGAGAAGCCAGAGGCACAGCAGAGAAUGUGUGGUGCAAGGAACAUAUUCAGAAUUGCUUAACCAGUUACCCCUGGAUACCAUGAGGAACCCUAUCAUCCCAGUGGUGCUAUCAGGGCAGGACUAGGGCUAAGGUUCAGGGCUCCAGUCAGCAAAAUUACACA